AUGUCUGUUCCUAAGGCAAGGCUGCUCAAAGUUGCCGAAAUAUCAGCAAAGAUUUUUGAUCAAAAUUUUAACCCGACGAAUGCUAGAACAGGCUCGAAGAUCUUGUCUCAGAGGCUGAAAGGUCCGGCGAUAGCAGGGUACUAUGGAAAUCCAGACUUUUUGAAAUUCAGACAUUUAAAGACUUUGUAUCCUGGAUUCCAGUUUGUAGACUUAGAAGAGGAAUACCGACUGUCUAUGAUUGAAGCAAGGAAACGUCGUGGUAAAGGUGCUCCAAAGAAGAAGAAAGAAGCCAGCAGUGGUGGGAAGACUAAGAAGAGGAAGUAG